AUGUUGGCCGCUCUGUUCAUGGUCUGGGCUUUGGCCACUCCCCUCUACUUCGUUUACAAGCCCCCGUCAGCUCUUAUCCGGUACUUUCAAUCACGAUGGCCGGAUGUGCUGUGGUCCGUCAAAACCAGCAAAAGGGUGAUUGCGCUCACCAUCGAUGAUGCACCUUCCGAGCAUACUCAGGAAAUCCUUGACGUCUUGCGGGAGAACGACGUCAAGGCAACCUUCUUUGUCAUCGGCUCCCAAGCGGUCGGCCAGGAGGCGAUGCUUCAGAGCCUGAUCCGCAGCGGCUGCGAGCUGGGCAACCACGCGAUGUACGACGAGCCGUCGCGGUCGCUGAGCACUACCAUGUUGACGGAGCAGAUUCACCAAGUCGAAGAGAUGCUGGACGCGUCAUAUGCCGCCGUCGAGGGAGCCUCGUCCCCGGCUCCCCGGUAUUUCCGACCUGGGUCAGGCUUCUUCAGCACCGCCAUGCGACAGCUGGUGGGCCGUCUGGGCUACCGUCUCGUGCUUGGCAACAUCUACCCGCAUGACCCGCAGAUCCCAUACGCAAUGUCAAUGCGAGCCACAUCUUGA